AUGAGAAAAGCCCUCGUCAUCACGGCAACGGCCAUCAGUGGCCUCUCACUAGCCGUCUCCCUAUACCUUUCACACCAGAAACGCUAUCUCGCAUCACAGGUCAGACAUUCUUCAGAACGCGGCCAGCUCUCUCCUUCAACACCGCGCAAUGUCUCCUCCAUCUCGUCCGAUAUCUUCAGCUCAGAGUACUAUACCCUUUAUGACUACGCCUCCAUCUCAGCGCCACGCCACUCCCUACCAGACCUCGAACCAAGCCAACUCCUCAUCGCGCUUCUCCGCCGAAAUAUGUCCUCUUUCGCAUCUUCGCCACAAGCCCGCCUUCUCAAACUCGCAGCAUCAGACCCGGAAACCAUCCGGAGCUUCGACCGCGCGCACAUAGUGGCUCUCGACUUUGACGAGGGGGAUCUGGUCUGUAAUGCGUAUAGGGUUAGGCUACGUGCGCCCGAGAAGGUAGAGUUUGAAUUCCUGUUUGGGGUUCAGGGCCGGUUGGUGGUGAGUGUUGAAGUUAAAGGGGAGGACAUGGUCUUUCACAACGAAACGCUCAUGUGGAGGGACAAGGAUACAAAGAAUAAGCUCCCUCUAGAGAAUGGGUUCGCGAAUUGGGUGCACGAAUUGACUGCUUGGUGGAUGCUGGAGUCGGGAAUAAGCUUCGAGUUGACCAGAUCCGGUCAUUCUUGCCAUUCCUCUCGUAUCCAAUUCCCCCUUCCACGCGUCAUCUCACACCGGCAUCGGGCUUUGAUGCGCCCAGAGCGCGUCGAAGAAAUCCCCAGUCGCUUUCCCCCAUUACCUACAGAUCCAAUGACCUCCACAGCCAUCAUGCCCGCGCGAUCGAGGUCAUCUCUCCGCGCCCUGCGCAGAGACCCCAACGCCACGAACGAUGAUUCCGCGGGCGUUCAACCGCCUCCCCCCAAGCGACCCCGUCUGAACCUUUUCCCCUCGCGUCGUCGAAAGAGCUCUCCAGAUCUCCUCGAUACCACAAUCGACAGCUCGCCCUCCACCUCCUCCACAAAGCUCCGCCGACCGCGACCGCUCCUCGCGCAUUCCGCUCACACCACUUCCUCUCCGCCAUCCGGUAGCAGCACGCCUCACGCCCGAAACCUCCGUCAACACCACACUCCUAAUUCGAGUUCAGCGGCACUAUAUCUGAAUGGUGGCCGCGAGUCCCCGGAUCCCCUUGAUACAAUCUCGCCUGCUCCGGCUCUGAAACCAUCUACAAUCACUACUAGUACGCCCACGCCCACCUCCGCGGCGUAUCGCCAGCGUCGUCUCACGCAGUACCUAAAACCCGCGUCUGAACAAGCUGUAAAGGAUAGUUCAAAGUCAAAGAAUACCCGUCCGGCUCGGGGCUCGACCGUCCCGCCACCUUCAGACGAAUCAGCUCCCCAAUCGUUGACAGUACCUUCCGAAACGGCCGAUCGCGCUGUGCCAGAGAAGCGGCGGAGCCUUCGCUCCCAUGAUGGGGGUUCAAGGGCGAAGAGCGAAUUGGCGCUCUAUUUUCCAAAUUAUGAUCAGAUAAUGAGUUUGGAGCCUCCAAAAACAGAAUUGCUGUCAGAGAAUACAGUUAUAAAGCUAAUAGAUGAUCUUGCCGAACCUCUCGAUUUAUCCUCCGCCCCUUCGAGUUCUGAUGCGGACGCGCCCUUCGGAAACCCCCUGGUCAAUCUAUACAAGUGCGACGUUAUAACCUUGCCUGAUACCCAGCUCAAAAAUGAGUCAAGGCCUGAUAUUGAAGCUGGAGAGGCUGAGGAAGACGACCCCCUAAACGACGAAUUCUACUUCAAAGCUCAUAGACGACACGAACGGCAAGAGAAGCAACUCCGAAACAUCGAGCGUGACCGCGCACGGCAUGAUCAACAACAACUAGACCGACUCCUCGACGAGCUCCAAGGUCACGACUGGCUGCGUGUGAUGGGCAUCACAGGCCGCAGUCUUUCAGAGCAAGACAAGAAACUUUACGAGCCGAAACGCGACUACUUCAUCGCAGAAAUCUCGACCUUACUCCAAAAGUUCAAGAUCUGGAAGGAAGAAGAAAAGCGCCGUAAGCUUGAUAAAGAUUACAAGUCUGCGUCGUUCCACUCCGACGCCGCCGAACCAUCCUACGGCAAUGCAAAAGAUAACGACAGAAAGGACGACGACGAGGAAGCCACCGCUGAACCAACAUCCGAUGACGUUGACGCCCUAGCAGCCCGUCAACUCCUUCAGGAAGCCCGCUCUGCAACAGCCGGGAAACAACCAAAGUCGAAAUUAGAGCAGCAAGAACUUGCGCAAUCUGCUCCACCACCUCUUCCUGGUCUGCCCAAACCAUUCACCUCGUUCUUCGCGAAACCGCAUCUCCGCGCACAGGCUAUGUCGGGAAACCGCAAGGGGCGAACGAGGCUUGCAUUCGGACAUCUGAUUCCGGAGCUUGGAGAGAGGGACUUUGAGCUUCCUGGGGAUAUUUUGACGCCUGAGGCAAUCAAGGACUGUCAGAGGAAGAGGAGGAGAAUGAAGAGGGAUAAGGCGAGUUCCGGAUAACUCCGAGAUCUUAUAACUACAUUCAAGCUUGAACCUAAGCUGGCGCUCUUAUGUUUAGUGGUGGUUCUCAUUUUAGUCCAACAUUGACAAUUCUGUAUCCAAUUACUGAUACCAGCUUACUCUUAUAUCAAUUAUGAGGU